UCUGAGACUGGCUGAAGGUUGCUCUGGGCAGGUGGAGGUUUAUUACAAUGACACCUGGGGAAACGUGUGUUUCAAUCAGAUGGACGCAAACACUGUGAGUUUAAUAUGUCAGCAACUCAACUGUGGGAAGAGUGGAACUGUUUCAAGUGCAGGAUCUCGACUGAAAGGAGCUCCAAACUGGCUGGAUUCUGUCAAAUGUCGCCCACAUGACUCCACACUGUGGCAGUGUCCAUCCUCUCCCUGGGGACACAACACAUGUGGCGAUAAUGACAUCGCCAGUAUUACCUGUGAAAGCAGUGAUGUGAGGCUGGUGAACGGGAACAGUCGCUGUGCUGGGAGAGUGGAGAUUCUUCAUCAAGGACAGUGGGGAACUGCGUGUAGCCAAUACUGGGAUAUGACUGAUGCUGCAGUGGUGUGUAGACAGCUGGGCUGUGGAGAUGCUGUAGACGCACCUCUCAAUGCUCACUUUGGUCCAGGAACUGGGAACAUUUGGAAAGACGACACUCUCUGUGGAGGCACCGAACCAACACUGAAGGACUGUGCGUCACGUAGAUGGGGAGAACAUAACUGUGGUCAUAAUGAGGAUGCUGGGGCCAUCUGCUCAGGUCAUCAAGAUGUGCGACUGGUACAGGGUACACACCUGUGUUCUGGGAGAGUGGAGAUCCAACAUGGAAUUACCUGGUACACAGUGUGUGACGCUGACUUUGACCUGCAGGAUGCCGAAGUUGUGUGUCGGCAGCUGGGCUGCGGGAUCCCUGCGAAGGUGCUGGGAGGGUCUGCCUUUGGGAAGGGGGGAUACCAAAUGUGGACAGAGGAGAUUCAGUGUACAGGGAACGAGUCAAAUGUUUACUCCUGUCCGAAAUCAUCCACAAAGAAACAGAACUGCUCACAUGAUGACAGCGUGGGACUCGUGUGUUCUGGGUACACAAACGGCAGACUGGUGGACGGCCCAGACUCCUGCUCCGGGAGGGUGGAGUUACAGUACCUCACUGAGUGGGGCACAGUGUGUGAUGCAUCCUGGGAUCUGAGAGCAGCCAAUGUCCUCUGUCAGCAGCUGGGCUGUGGGAGCGCUGUGGCAGUGCCAGGACAGGCCUGGUUUGGAAAGGGCAGUGGCCCCAUCUGGGCUGAUGUGUUUGAGUGUCAGGGGAAGGAGACACACCUGUCCCAGUGUGCUGUUUCUUCAUGGAACCGAGUUGCAUGCUCUCAUGGACACGAUGCGGGAGUCAUCUGUACUGGAUCAUCUCUCUCCAGCCUCAAUGGGACGGUCCGACUGUCUGGAGAAGGUGGCUGUGGGGGUCAGUUGGAGGUUCACUACCAGCACACCUGGAGCAGAGUUCUCCUGGACUCCUGGAGCAUCAGGGAGGCCUCUGUGGUCUGCAGACAGCUGGGCUGUGGCUCUGCAGUGAGGAUCUACCGCUCCUCCAUCUCUGGGACAGGGGACACUGAUGUGUGUCUCACAGGGUAUCAAUGCUCUGGGACUGAGUUUCACUUGGGGAACUGCAGUGCUCCACACACAUUCAACUGCAGUUCCAGCUCAUAUGUGUCCAUAGUGUGUUCCAAGCACAGGUCCCUGAGGCUGGUGGGUGAUGAGGGUGGCUGUGCAGGGAGGCUGGAGGUGUUCCACCAGGGCUCCUGGGGAACAGUGUGUGAUGACUCCUGGGACCUGAAUGAUGCUCAGGUGGUGUGCAGGCAGCUCCAGUGUGGGACGGCUCUCCGCUCUACCUCUUUUGGUCCAGGAAAUGGAUCUAUAUGGCUGGAUGAGGUUGGCUGUGUGGGGAACGAAUCAUCUCUGUGGGACUGUCCCUCUUCACAGUGGGGGAACCAUGACUGCGUUCACAAGGAGGAUGUAGGAGUUGUGUGUUCAGAGUACAAAGAUCUGAGACUGGCUGAAGGUUGCUCUGGGCAGGUGGAGGUUUUCUACAAUGGCACCUGGGGAAACGUGUGUUUCAAUCAAAUGGAGACCAAUACAGCAAGUGUAAUAUGUCAGCAACUCGACUGUGGGAAGAGCGGGACUGUUUCUAAUACAGAAUCUCGACUGAAAGGAGCUCCAAACUGGCUGGAUAUUGUCAAAUGUCGCCCACAUGACUCCACACUGUGGCAGUGUCCAUCCUCUCCCUGGGGACAGAAUAAAUGUGAUGAUGGUGAAGUGGCCCUCAUUACCUGUGAACAAAAAAAUGUGGCUUUGAAGGGAACGGCAACUCAGUCGUCCCAAUAUGACUCUUAUGGUGCUGCUGGCAAUGCUAUUGAUGGAAACAGAAAUACAAAGUAUACAGAUGGGUCCUGCACUCACACCAAUCAGGACUCCAAGCCAUGGUGGAGACUGGACCUGCAGGAUGUUUUCACUGUGACCUCAGUGACCAUCACCAACAGAGGGGACUGCUGCUCAGAGAGAAUCGAUGGGGCAGAGAUUCGUGUUGGAAACUCCCUGAAUGACAAUGGCAACCAGAAUCCCCUAUGUGCAGUGGUUCCCUCCAUCGCAGCAGGACAGUCCAGUUCCUUCCAGUGUAAUUGGACAAUGGGACGCUAUGUCAACGUGGUCCUCCCAAAACCCGGCAUCCUGACUCUGUGUGAAGUUGAAGUUAAUGGACAUGAUAGCAGUGGCUACCUGCCCCUGAGACUGCAGGGGGGCAACAGGAUGUGCUCAGGGAGGGUGGAGCUGUGGUAUGAGGGCUCCUGGGGGACCAUCUGUGACGACUUAUGGGACAUAAAUGAUGCCCAGGUGGUCUGCAGACAGCUGGGUUGUGGAACAGCACUGAAGGCUCAUGGGAAUGCUGCCUUUGGGAGAGGAAACGGUCCAAUUUGGCUGAAUGAGGUGAAGUGCUGGGGCAGUGAGCGCCACCUGUGGGACUGUCCUCACUCUCUUCAGGACCACAGGACCUCCUGCUCUCACAAAGAGGAUGCUGGUGUUACCUGUGAAGGUGAGAAUUGCUGUGGAGCUUCAUUUCUCUCACAUGGUGGCCACGUCGGCAUAUCUUCUGAAUUCACAUCUACUACAGAAAUUCCAGGAACAUCCACAACUAAAACCUCAGCAAGACCAGAUGUUACCAAAGCACCACGCCAAACACCCUUGUCCAUCCCUCUUGUGGUGUUCCUGGUGCUGGGGGCUCUGCUCUUCCUACUGCUGGUGCUUCUGGCUGGACAGUUGUACCAGAACAGGGUUCUGAAGAGAGCCCUGUACCAGGGGGGUCUCACCCCUCUGCAUGAGGCCAUUUAUGAAGAGAUAGAGUACAACUUGACCAGAGGAGAGACGUACAGAAACCCCAGAAAAGGAAGUGUCCUGUCUGAGGAUGUGCCCUCUGGGACAGAUGAGAAGAAAGAAUACUAUGACGAUGCUUUUCCUCUGGAGAGGAGUGCUGGACUGAUGGGGACAGAAGACACAGCGGAGGACUAUGAUGAUGCUGUGGCUGUAGAACAGAGUCGAUAUUUUUCACCAGGAGAGAAAGCGUUGACCACUCUGCCCCCUGGUGAGGGACCCCCUGGUGAGGGACCCCCUGAUCCUGACCACACUGACUAUGAUGAUGUGGGAGACGGAGGAUCGUCUGCAGUUCUGGAAUCUCUCUGUGACUGA